GGUAAAUUAUGUUCGGGAACUCCACCAUGUUUCAUCGAUAGCGCAAGGUUGUUGUUAGCCAUAUAGCUAGCUAGCAUACCACUUGUUCGAUUGUAUUUACGCUGUGGUAUAUUUUUUGCAUGACAUUUAAACAGAUCGGUCGUCAAUUGUAAGGAAAUACAAGAGGAUCCAGUUGUAUGUUUACACAUUAGCCAGAGAGUUAAGUUAACUAGAGAUAGCUGGACUAGCUAGCUAGGGUAGACUGUCAACAACAACCCUUCCCUGCUCUGUCAGGAAUUAGGAGUCAUCAUAGCUACUAGCUAGCUACAGUAACAAGAGAGUGAUUUACAACCACUAGAUAGAUACACAGCUACUGUAGGUCUUCAAAAAAUACGUAUCUUCAAUUGAGCAUUCACAUUGUCUGAGAACGGAGUAAGAGAUUGACGCAGUUGGAGUUGCUUUCUUUCUUUAUUAUACUACCUGAAGUUUAAAGUCCUUUUUACAACGUCUUCAUGGGGAUGAGUCGAAUAGAGUGUAUAUUUUUUAGUGAGUUUCACCCCACACUGGGACCAAAGAUUACUUACCAGGUUCCAGAGGAGUACAUAUCCCGGGAGCUCUUUGACACAGUACAGGUGUACAUCAUUACCAAACCAGAACUGCAGAACAAACUCAUAACUGUAACGGCCAUGGGGAAGAAGUUAAUUGGUUGUCCGGUGUGCAUCGAGCACAAGAAGUACAGCCGUAAUGCUCUGCUCUUUAACCUGGGCCUUGUAUGCGAUGCAAGGACCAAGACCUGUGCCCUUGAGCCAAUUGUCAAGAAGCUGUCAGGGUACCUCACAACGCUGGAGCUGGAGAGUGGGUUCAUAUCGAACGAGGAGAGCAAACAGAAACUGCUACCUAUUAUGUCCACCUUGUUAGAGGAGCUAAAUGCUACCGGAGCCUGUACCUUACCCAUCGAUGAGUCCAAUACAAUCAACCUGAAGUUGAUUGAGCAGCGCAGGGACCCUCUGAUCGUGCAGGAGUACGACGUGCCUGUCUUCACUCAGUGCAAAGACCACUUCAUCAAAUCCCAGUGGGAUCUCACCACUCAACAGAUCCUGGCCUACAUUGAUGGGUUCAGGCAUAUCCAGAAGAUAUCUGCAGAAGCGGAUGUUGAACUUAAUCUAGUCCGGAUCGCCGUACAGAAUUUACUGUAUUAUGGUGUUGUAACCUUGGUAUCAAUAUUUCAGUACUCCAAUGUGUACUGCACAACCCCUACAGUCCAGAGCCUGAUAGAUGACAGGUCCAUUCAGGAGGAGUGUCUCAACUAUGUCACCAAGAAAGGACAGAAGAGAGCCUGUUUAAGGGAUGUGUUCCAGCUGUACUGUGGUCUGACUCCAGGCACCACAGUUCGUGAUCUUUGCUCCCGCUACUCACAGCAGCUGCAGAGGGUAGAUGAGAGGAGGCUGAUCCAGUAUGGACUGAUGAAGGCUCUCAUUCGCCGUCUGCAGAAGUAUCCUGUUAAGGUGACACGAGACGAGAGGAGCCGCCCACCACGCCUUUACACUGGUUGCCAUAGUUACGACGAAAUCUGCUGCAAGACGGGAAUGAGCUACAAAGAGCUGGACGAGCGCUUGGAGAAUGACCCCAACAUAAUUGUGUGCUGGAAGUGAUACCCUGGCUUAAUCAGCAACCACACUCACUUUGAUAGAGAAAGCCAUCUCUCUAACAAAGACAGACAGACACGAGGUCCGAUUGUACUGAAACAGAGGCCUCCUGCUCGUCUCUCAUCUGACCCACACAACUGCCUGCUGUCCAGGAGACACAAUGUGGAUCAACCUCGGCCAAAGAUGCCUUAGAAAAGUCAGUUUAUCACUGUUGUUGUCUGUGGACUUCAUCCGAAAUGUUCUGGAAAUUAUCUGUGCAUUCAAAGGCUGAGACAUGUAGGAAUUUAUAUACUACUAGUAUGUCACCAAUGUCACCUGUUAUCAUCCUCAGGUUUUUCCAUACAGACUUUGAAUCAAUCAUUGUGGGAUAGUUUCAUUCAGAACAAUGAAUGGAAUAAUUUAAAAAGACCACAAAAAUGAGGAAUGUGGCAGGUAGCCUAGCGGUUAAGAGCGUUGUGCCAGUUCAGAGAACAUUCGCUAGUUCAAACUCUUGCGCCGACUAGGUUAAAAAUCUGUUGAUGUUCCCUUGAGCAAGGCACUUAAUCCUAAUUGAUCCUAUAAGUCGCUCUGAAUAAGAACAUCAGCUAAAUGACUCAAAUGUAAAAUGUGCUUAUUAAUGUACCAAAAAAUGAUAAUACCAACUCCUUGCAAUAAUAAAGAUGCGUUGUUGAUUUGAAUGAAA